AUGUCUCGACGAAAGCAAGCGAAGCCCCAACAUCUCAAAUCCGACGAGGAGCUACAAGCUGAGGUGCUUCCCGAACAAGUGCCAGGAGAAGGAGCAGAUGAUGGUGAUAGUGGGAAUGAAAGCCGGAGUGGAAGUGAGGAAACAAACGUUUGUGAAAAAUGUUGUGCGGAAUUCUUCAAGUGGAAUGAUUUCUUGGAACACAAGAAGAAUUGCACUAAAAAUCCAUUGGUGCUCAUUGUGAAUGAAGAUGAAGCCACUCCAGCUCCUGAAGAAUUUGCAGAGCCUUCUCCUGCAAGCUCAUCUAGUGAUCAAGCAGACAGCGAGGCUGCUGAAGAAAGUAUUCAAGCUGAGAACAAUGAGGUCUGUGAGAUAAAGAAUACAGAAAAGGAAGAAGAACCCAUGGAGGUAGAACCCUCAGUAGAAAAAAGCUACUCCAAUCCAGGCACCUCUAGUACAGCUACGCCACUACCUCAAAUUAGCGAGCCACCUUCUUUGACAGGUUAUAACAUGCCAAACACUAAUGUAACCUUAGAGACACUGUUGAGCACUAAAGUGGCAGUUGCACAAUUCUCACAGAGUGCAAGGUGUGCAGCUAAUGCCACCGCAGCGAGUGGGGUUACAGCAGUGGCCAUCCCAAUGAUUCUUGAGCAGUUGAUGGCCUUGCAACAGCAGCAGAUUCACCAAUUGCAGCUGAUCGAACAGAUCCGGAGUCAAGUGGCAAUGAUGAACCGACAGCCAUUACGUCCCACUUUAAAUACGACUCCUUCCCAAAGCACUCCUGUGCAAGCCGCUAACCAACUCCAGGGAUUUGCAGCAAACUCUGCUCUUCAGUUAGCAGCAGUUGUUCCUCCUGCCAUAGUGGCCCAAGCCACUGGCAACCCACCAACUGCCUUUGAGAGUACUCAGCACAUAUCAAGGCCCACGUCAGGUGCAAGCACUCCUAACAUGUCAAGCAAUGGUUCUUCUAUCCCAAAUGAAACAAGCACACCAUCUUCCUCUAAUGUAAUUACUUCUUCAUUAACACCAGUUUCUGUGUCAAAUAUUACUAGCAGCUCUUCACAGCCCCCAAACCCUUCAACUUCACCUUCAGUAGGACCUGGAAAUCUCCUCGCCUCAACUUCCAGCCUGCCAAACCCACUUCUACCUCAGACUUCAUCCAGUAGUGUAAUUUUCCCCAAUCCACUGGUUAGCAUUGCUGCAACAGCUAAUGCAUUGGAUCCUCUCUCUGCUCUUAUGAAGCAUCGCAAAGGAAAGCCACCAAAUGUAUCCGUUUUUGAGCCUAAGACAAGUUCUGAGGAUCCUUUUUUUAAACAUAAAUGUAGAUUUUGUGCCAAGGUUUUUGGGAGUGAUAGCGCUCUACAGAUUCACCUGCGUUCACACACAGGAGAAAGACCUUUUAAGUGUAACAUUUGUGGCAAUCGGUUUUCUACAAAAGGCAAUCUGAAAGUUCAUUUUCAGAGACAUAAAGAAAAGUAUCCACACAUUCAGAUGAAUCCAUAUCCAGUUCCAGAGUACCUCGACAAUGUUCCUACUUGUUCCGGAAUUCCAUAUGGGAUGUCAUUGCCACCUGAAAAACCAGUUACUACGUGGCUGGAUAGCAAGCCCGUUUUAUCAACUGUCCCGACUUCAAUUAGUCUGCAACUUCCCCCUACAAUACCAGGGGUAAACAGUUAUGGGGAUUCCCCAAGUAUUACUCCCAUGAACAGAUCGCCCCAGAGAACAUCCCCCGUGUCAAGUGAAUGCACUUCUUUAUCCCCAAGCCUAAACAAUUCUGAGUCCGGCAUCCCUUUUUCUGCAGAAUCCCCACAACCAAUUCAUGGUAGUUCAACCAUGACUAAAACUGAACCUGUCAAUAUUCCAGUAACAAAUGCAAGGCUAGGAGAUAUUUCUAUAAGUGGUCAGGUUUCUGUAGUACCCACAUCUACAGCCUCCAGUGCUGUUACUGAAAGCAGUAUUUCUACAAGCCUCCCAAACACUGUGCUUCCAGCAUUGUCUGACCAGUUCAAGGCUAAAUUUCCAUUUGGUGGUCUAUUGGACUCUAUGCAAACAUCAGAAACCUCAAAACUGCAACAGCUAGUAGAAAACAUUGAUAAGAAGAUGACAGAUCCAAAUCAGUGUGUCAUUUGUCACCGUGUGCUCAGUUGUCAGAGUGCUCUCAAGAUGCAUUAUAGAACUCAUACAGGAGAAAGACCAUUUAAAUGCAAAAUUUGUGGACGUGCAUUUACUACAAAAGGCAAUCUAAAAACACAUUUUGGAGUUCAUCGAGCGAAGCCACCACUUAGAGUACAGCAUUCAUGUCCCAUUUGUCAGAAGAAAUUUACAAAUGCUGUUGUUCUUCAGCAGCAUAUUCGUAUGCACAUGGGUGGGCAAAUUCCAAACACACCAUUACCAGAUGGCUUCCAAGAUGCUAUGGACUCAGAGCUUUCUUUUGAUGAAAAGAAUGCAGAGACACUUAGCAACUAUGAUGAUGAUAUUGACGAAAAUUCCAUGGAGGAGGACA